AUGCCCCCCUCUGGCCUCCGCCAACCCCGACACACAACACCGUCCGUUAGCCGCGCUGGGCUCGUUCCACUGCGGGCGGGGAUGGAGCCCCGCAAAACCCCUCCAGAGUAUUUUCUGGAGAUCUUCGCCGACACCAGCACAGUGCGCGACGUACUCAAAGGCGUCCUCAAUCUCAUUUUCUUCCACCGGUACUUCCCCUCCAUCCAGCCCGUCACUUUCGACGUCCUAGACUUUACUCUCCCUGCCAUCAAUGAUGCGGAUCUUGAGACGCUGAUCGACUCGCGCGUGGGCGCGCUCGUCCGGCAACGCCUCUCCUCGCCGCCGGACGGCAAGGUCGGCAGCGGCGGAGGCGUGCGGGGGCGCAUCGCGGUCGAGUUCUACGAGAAGAAGCGGCGGCGCUCGGGGAUGGGCUUUUUUGGGCUGGGGCAGAAGGGAGAAGAGGAGGUGUGCUGGGAGAUCUGGACGUUGGAUGUGACGAUCGCGACGCCACGGACCGAGGCUGAGCGCAUGAAGGUUCGGAAGGCGAUGAAUAAUAUGCUGCAGAAGGCUGCGUUGAAGAUCUUGACCUUUGUCAAUCGCGACAAAGACCAUAUCCCGCCUAUCACGACUAGCGAGUCGAAUCCGUUUCCCUACAAGAUUGUGGUGAAUCCGCGGGCGGAUGGUUGGGGGAAUCGCAUUGGCUUGUAUUAA